AUGCGCACUGCGCAGCCCUUUGCCGACGGGGCGCCUGCCACCUGGCGUGCGUGUUGCGCGCCUCUUCCCUUCUCUUCGUUUCUUUGCGGCUUGCGUGUUGCGGGCAGCGCCCUCUACUUGGGCGGGUCGGCGUAACCUUUGAGUGGCCCGGCUGAGAGCGGGCAGCGUAUGCUUGGAGGGUACUGUGGAACGAAGAGAGUAGGCGCGGAAGAACCGGGGAAGGGGAACGUUGGAGGGGCGUGAGGGCACACAGAUGGCAGAAAACCGAGGAGCCGUCGAGGUGGAGCUGGACCCAGUGGAGUACACCCUUCGGAAGCGGCUUCCCCACCGCCUGCCCCGGAGGCCCAAUGACAUCUACGUCAACAUGAAGACUGAUUUCAAGGCCCAAUUGGCCCGCUGCCAGAAGCUGCUGAACGGAGGGACACGGGGUCAGAACGCUUGCAAUGAGCUGUAUAUCCACGGCUUAGGCCUAGCCAUCAAUCGCGCCAUCAACAUUGCGCUGCAGCUGCAGGCAGGCAGCUUCGGGUCCUUGGAGGUGGCCGCCAAUACCUCCACCGUGGAGCUUGUGGAUGAGCUGGAACCAGAAACUGAUACACGCGAACCGCUAGUCCGCAUCCGCAACAACUCAGCCAUCCAUAUCCGUGUCUUCAGGGUCACACCCAAGUAACAGAAGGGAAGGUGGACCUCGUAUCCACUCACCACCUCUACAGCCAGGCUCAGAUGUGACUCUCCUUGUACCGAGUACUGUCAUGGACCUCCAGAAAAGGCCUAGUCCCUCACAGCCCAAAGGACUGAGUUGAGAGGGAGGGCGUGGUCUCUUGUUGGGCUCCUGCAGGGUGUUAUCUUGAGUCUCUGUGGUCUGUAAACCAUUAUCUGACACAAUAAAAUGUACCAAGUUGUGUUAGUGUCCUGCCA